AGGUCAGAUGAACCCGAGUCCUUUUGGUCAGAUGGACCCAAGUCCUUUAGGUCAGAUGGACCCGAGUCCUUUAGGACAGAUGGACCCGAGUCCUUUCGGUCAGAUGGACCCGAGUCCUGUAGGUCAGAUGGACCUUAGUCCUUUAGGUCAGUUGGACCAGAGUCCUUUAGGUCAGAUGGACCACAGUCCUUUAGGUCAGAUGGACCACAGUCCUUUAGGUCAGAUGGACCCGAGUCCUUUAGGUCAGAUGGACCCGAGCCCUUUAGGUCAGAUGGAUCCGAGCCCUUUAGGUCAGAUGGACCUUAGUCCUUUAGGUCAGAUGGACCGGAGUCCUUUAGGUCAGAUGGACCCGAGUCCUUUAGGACAGACGGACCCGAGUCCUUUCGGUCAGAUGGACCCGAGUCCUUUAGGUCAGAUGGACCCGAGUCCUUUAGGUCAGAUGGACCGGAGUCCUUUAGGUCAGAUGGACCUUAGUCCUUUAGGUCAGAUGGACCUUAGUCCUUUAGGUCAGACGGACCCGAGUCCUUUAGGUCAGAUGGACCCGAGUCCUUUAGGGACAGAUGGACCCGAGUCCUUUAGGUCAGAUGGACCCGAGUCCUUUAGGUCAGAUGGACCCGAGUCCUUUAGGACAGACGGACCCGAGUCCUUUAGGUCAGACGGACCCGAGUCCUUUAGGUCAGACGGACCCGAGUCCUUUAGGUCAGACGGACCCGAGUCCUUUAGGACAGAUGGACCCGAGUCCUUUAGGUCAGAUGGACCCAAGUCCUUUAGGUCAGAUGGACCCGAGUCCUUUAGGACAGAUGGACCCGAGCCCUGUAGGUCAGAUGGACCGCGCCGGUCUCCGGCCAAGGACCAGGGCAGUAGAAACGAUGAUGUGUCCUCACAGAGUUUCCUGUCAGGCUGAUCUGUGUUUGCAAGUCCUGACUUCAUCAGGUUUUCCUCUCAGUCCGGUUCGAUCUGAGGUCUGUUGAAUAAAGAUCCAGCGGAUUUUAACAGGGACCAAAGUCUUCCUCUGUCAUACAGGUCACCGCAGAAUCAUUCAGAGUUUAGAGAGGAGCUGGUCUUCAUGUUGAAGGAGCAGCCAUCUGAGUUUUUCCACAUUUAGUUCUUUGGACUCCUGAAAAUGCUGAUUUCUGAAAUAUUUAUCAGAUCCUCUUGGUUCUAAAGGUUCCUGUUCUUCUGUUCAGCAUCAUAUUAAACAGUCAGAGGGUUCUGGUCUGAUGAGCCACUGUAGUCUGGAGGAAUGUUUAGUUUGGAUCUAUCCAUGGUGUUCUGUGGUCAAGGGUUCCUUUAAGGGUCAGGUCUGGUGCUCCAAACUUUAAUCCAGAUCCUGUUGAAGCUCCUUUUUGUGUCUCAACCACACACAGAGAUUUUAACAUCCAAAUAACCCAGAGGUGAAACUGUGGAGGAGGAAGGGAGUGGACCUGACUGACUGUCCUGGUCCUGGUCCUGUAUUUAUGUCAUUUCUGAUCACUCUGUCCUGAUUCAGCGUCUGCGGUCUCUCUCUCCGUCCU